GCAUAAAUGUCUACUCUCUGACACCAGAAACCCAGGACAAUCUGCUGCGUUCCUACUUCUCAGAUGAAGGAAUCGAGUACAACCUGUUGCGCAUGCCCAUGGCAAGCUGCGACUUCUCCGUGCGCCCUUACUCUUAUGCCGACUCGCCAUACGACUUUGAGCUGAAGAACUUCAGCUUGGUUCACGAGGACAUCAAACUGAAAAUUCCCCUCGUUCACCGUGCCAAGGCUAUGUCUAAGAAACCCUUAUCCCUUAUGGCCAGCCCAUGGUCCUCUCCGCUUUGGAUGAAAACCAACAAUGCGUGGAAAGGGAAGGGGUCCCUCAAAGGGCAGGCGGGAGACCGGUACCACAAGGCGUGGGCCAACUAUUUUGUCAGGUUCCUGGAUGAGUACGCCAAGCGGAAUGUGACCUUCUGGGCGGUGACGGCGGAAAAUGAACCUAGCGCGGGGCUUCUGGAAAACUACCCCUUCCAGUGUCUGGGCUUCACAGCUGAGCAGCAGCGGGACUUUAUUGCUCUGGAUCUGGGCCCUGCCCUGGCAAACAGCUCCUACAAGGGUAUCCGGCUCAUAAUCCUGGAUGACAACCGCAUACAUUUGCCUAGCUGGGCCAAAGUGGUGCUAAGCGGAGACAGCCCGGCUCACCGUUACGUCCACGGCAUUGGCGUCCACUGGUACCUGGACUUCAUUGCCCCCAUCGCCAGCACAGUAGGAAUCACCCAUCAGCUCUUCCCGGAUUACUUCAUUAUCUCCACCGAAGCCUGCGCCGGGUCACACUUUUGGGAGAGGGACGUGGUCCUCGGCUCCUGGGAUCGGGGGAACCAGUACAGCCGCAACAUCUUGGCGAACCUUAACCAACACGUCACGGGCUGGAUCGACUGGAACCUGGCCUUGGAUCUGGAAGGCGGACCCAACUGGGUCAAGAACUUUGUGGACAGCCCCAUCAUCGUGGAUGCGGGCAACGAUAUUUUCUAUAAGCAGCCGAUGUUCUACCACAUGGGUCACUUCAGCAAAUUUAUUCCGGAAGGCUCCCAGCGCAUCGGGCUGAGUGUGGUGCAGAAAGGCUUCGGGUGCAGCCUGGAGCACGUGGCUGUACUUCGCCCCGACGGAGCUGCCGUGGUCGUUGUUCUUAACCGCUCCGGGUUCAAUGUCCCCUUUGCCAUUUCCGACCUGAAUGGCCUUAUUCUGACCGAGAUCCCCGCCAACUCCAUCCAGACUUAUCUGUGGAAGCGCCAGUGAGCCCAGCGCUCAGGAUUUCACCCCCCCCAGACUCGGAAAACUGUGAGCUUCUUCAGCACGAUGCACAAUGAUACCCAGGCCUGGUUUGAGGCCUGCCUCGCUUCCUCUCAGAUCCAAGUGGGCCUUCUUGGUGGAUCUACUACUGACCGGGCCUGGUUUGGGAUCUACCUCAUUAACUUGCACUUAAAGCGGAUUUAAGUGGCGACGCUUCUGUUUCUGCCGCACAUUUGAAAUGAGCCAGACUGCUGGGAGACCUGAAGGAAACGACCGGAAAUUUGUUCUUUUGCUCAGCGCAAGAGAAAGCACUCUGAGCAUGAGAGCACCCAGAUUGAAUAAAAUAGAAUAAAAUGAAAUGAAGAAGGCCCCGCUGGAUGGGUGCCCAGAUUUGAAAGGGGAACAGCGUGUUCUCUUUGCCUGCUGCUUAGGAGCCUGUUGUUGUUGUUGUGUUAUGUGUGAUUCUUUUUCUCGUCGGACUUCCGGCAUUAAAAGAGAUCCCACUUGGGUUGGCAUGCAUAUCUGUGGUAUGAUAAGGUCAAAGCACAUAAAGCAUUUAAAAACCAUAUUGUCAGGAAAGCAUUGUUUAAUGUCUGGAUAAGAUAU